AAUGAAUUCCCAAAACUAUGCCAAAGAACUAUUAGCUAUAACAUUAGAUUUAAUAACAACUUUCUUCAAUUCUAGUGGCUGCUUCCCACUUGAAUUACGAACAAAAGUAAGAAUACAUGUUAUCGAAGUUUUAUCCCAAUUUAUAACUUCCCACGUUCAUCUCUAUGAGAAUGAAUUAAUAGAUGGUGUUAUUCUACCUGUAUUGACAAAUAUAGAUCAAGAUUUUGAUAUUGCUGUCAGAAAGAGAACAACUCAAUUGCUUUUGCAUGUUUGUCAUUGUUGUACAACCUCAAAAUUUAGUGAAGUUAUUCAAAUAUUAGAAAAGAUAAUGCAGAGACCAUUUAGGUCGUCUAGACCCGGAUCACCACCAUCUACACCAGUAUCCUAUUGUUUCGAAGAUGUUAACUUGGCUGUGUGCGGUUUAGCAGCAAUGCUAGAAGUUAAAAUUACUUCUAAAUAUAACCUUUCAUCCCAAGUUGUUCAAAUAUACGAUUGUCUAAUUAAGCAUCUUAAGUGCCUAUAUUCGCCAACAAAUUGCCGUUUUUUGGAUAGUUCAGUUAAAAGUCGCUAUGAGAUCUUAAGAGUCCUUCUAAAUAUGAGAAGCGAUAAUCAAAAAAGGCUGGGAUAUGUCAAUAGAAAUAAAGGAGACAAAGUAAUCUUUACUUCAAAUAUUAUAUUCACAAGUUCAAAAGUAACUAAGUCAAAAAAUGAAGAAUCGAUUAAAAAGUCAUGUAAAGAUGAUGAAAAACAAUUGAAAAAAAGUUGUUCACAAGUCGACGAAGAGAUACAAUCUACUGAAACACCAAAUCUAUUUUAUAUCAAUUACGCUGAUGCUGUUUCUUGCUUCAUAUUAUGUCUAAAAUAUGAAAGUGAAUGGGAUAUAUAUCAUUUAUUAUUUCAAGAAACUCCUAAAAUUUUACGUAAUAAGAGUCUAAUUUUAACAACGAUACGUAAUGCAAGGAACAAUGGUGGAAGUGAAGAUAUUGAAACCUUUAGCCAAUUAAUCUGUGAUAUGAUAAGCACUACUUCGCCAAAAGCUUACGAAUCUUUUAAAAAUAAAAAAGAAGGUAGCGUUACCAAACCAGACUUUCACUGCAACAUAUUUCCAGUAUUAACGUGCCUACCCAGUUACCAUAACUAUUUAAAUAGAAAUAUAUUGCAACAAUUCAUUCAAUGCCUCGAUUUGGGUUUGAUCUCCAAAUGCGCUCGUCUGUGCGUCUGGGCCUUGUCUGUUUCUGCUUUUGAAAUGCCCAAUGUCCUUAUGAGGCAAUUGCCACAUAUUUUGUUAAUUAUUACACAAAUAUCUCCAACAAGGCAAAUGUCAACACCAUUAAUGGAAUUUUUAAACACUUUUAUUCACCUACCGCAAUUGUUUAUUAAUUUUUGUGAUGAUGAUUAUCUAUCGGUAUUCGCUAUUGCUAUGCAGUAUACUAAUCCUGCAAGAUAUUCGCAUUAUACAGUAUCUUUAGCCUAUCAAGUAAUAUGUGUUUGGUUCUUAAAAUGUAAAUUAGAAUCGAGAAAACGUUAUGUUAAUUUUAUUGUAAGAGGUUUGGUUAAAGUUUUAAAUCAAUUCGAGGAGAAUAUUUCAAGAGCAAGGGCAUCCAAUAAUUGUAACGAAACUAUGCCAAGAGGAAGAUCACACACAGAAGAUGUUACCGUACUAAAGAGAGCAAAAACUGCUGCUGUACAAAAUGUGAAGACGGCUGCCUUUCAUCAAGAAUUAACAGAAACCUGUAUUGAUAUGUUGGCCAGAUACGCCUAUUCAAAUUGUUCAAAUUUUCCUACCAGGUCUGCAGUCGCUGAAUUUCUUUUAAAAAAUGGAACAAGUGAACGUUGGGUAAUAGGAAAUAACGUUGUAACUAUUACUACCAGUGGAAGUUUAGUUGGCCCAUCUGGUCUUUGUGAUAAAUGUCUACAUUUAGCUGGUAAAUUGGCUGAAAAGAAAAGACAAGAGAAUCAACGAAAACGUCAUCAGUCAGCGGCAUGCGAAACUAGUCAAUCCACAGUUGUUGUCAGGCAGAAAAGCUUCGAUGACAUGGGAAUUGGUAGGAAAGAUGUUACCGAAAACACAACUGCAAAUGAAGAACCGGUAAAUCCUAAAAUUGAUGAAAUAAUGUUGGGCCUUGGAAAGAAUAAACCAGAUGACGCAUCCAUAUUUACUCAAUACGAAUGCAGUUGUUGGGUAAAUGCAUGGGUUGAAGUACAUAUAAGACGACCAACAGGAAACGUAAGCUGGUUAAUGAGAUCGCAAAAUGAUACUGGUAUUAAUCAGGGUGCACCUGGAUUCCCUCUUUGGAAUAUGCAUCUAUUAAUGCAAGAGGAAAAGUCAAAAGAUUCCAAAUCAAUAUCAAAAAGAAAGAAAAUUGAUAGCAUGUCCAUUGCCGAGAGUGAAUAUAAUAAUAUACACCAACAAAUCUUUCUUGGCUCUUCUCCACCGAACGGUAAGGCAGAAAAAGAUGGAUUUGAUCUAAAGUUGGCACUUAUCGAGGAAGAAACUUCGGAAAGCGACGAAGAAUCUGAUAAUAAUGCAGUCAAUCUACCUGAGUUAAAGAAAAGUACUUCUACACCGGUUUUAACAGCUGAUAUAAUGACUAAACUAACAACUGGAAAUGUUAAAGGUGACUUACAAGACGUCUUUCAAAGGUCGCAAGACUUGAAAAGUGAUAAACUUAAUGGUGAUUUAAAUAACGGCGAUACAGAAGAGAACGAAACAAUGCCAACUUCUUCAAACAAUGGUAAAGAAUCACCGAAAGAUUUUAAAGACCAAAAGCAUGGAAUUGAUCCAAAUUUUGUUUUUCUUCAAUUAUUUCAUUCUGCUUCUGUAUCAAAAAAUAGCGAAAGUGCUUUUUAUAUACCGCAAAGUAGUGAGAGCCUUAACAGAAGUAUAAACAUGCUUGAUAGACGGUAUCCGUUUGAAACUCAUAAAAUUGCUAUUCUUUAUGUUGGACCUGGUCAAAUUAAUGAUGAAAAAGCCAUAUUAGCAAACAGUGGAGGAUCCAAAAGAUAUAUACAGUUUUUAUCUAGUCUUGGUUCGUUACUUCGCUUAAAAGAAGAUGAAAUUGAAGAAGAAAACACCUACUUAGGCGGAUUAGAUACGAAAGGAGAAGAUGGAGAAUUCACCUAUUGUUGGCAUGAUGACUUUAUGCAAACUGUCUUCCAUGUUGCUACCCUAAUGCCAAAACGAUCAUCAGACGUUAAUUAUCUUUAUAAGAAGCGUCAUAUUGGAAAUGACUAUGUCACAAUUGUUUACAAUGAUUCAAUGGGAGAAUCUUACAAAUUGGGAACUAUACAAGGGGAAUUUAAUUAUGUGAAUAUAAUUAUUGAGCCGUUAGAUGAAAUGAGUAACGCUGUUACGGUUCAAACUAAAGAAGAUAUAGUAGAAAUAAUUGGCCAUACUGAUACAAAGAUUAUUUCUGAUGUAAAUUUGGGGAAAUUAGUCCGACAAAUGGCUGUUCAUGCUAACUUAGCUUCUGUCAUAUUACAAAGACAAAAGAAUAAUCCUAAUGAUCCAUACGCAUCCAAUUGGCUGGAACGCCUAAGACAAAUUAAGAAAAUCAGAAGCAGAGCAGAGUCAGCAAUGAAUGCUACUUCAUUUAAUGAUUAUAUAAGAAAGGGAAAGGAUGAAGCUCGGAAAAGUGUCCUAAUUAAUCUUGGAACUCAGAAUAGAUUAUUAGAGGCGUGUUCUCUAAUCAAAAAUUGCGUUGGACGAGCCGCCAAUUCUUGUAUUACUUAUUCAAAAAAUGACAAAUAUUACGCCCUUUUCACCCUCCACUCCGUACAAGAUGUAGAAAAGUUACUACAAUCAACUCAUUUAUAUGGAGCUCAGAAUAGUAUAACUAUGUUUACAAAAAUGCUUUGGCUACCACCGAACUCGAGGGUUAGCCCAAAUAAACAAAGUAUACCGAAAGUCGUCCUAAAAGAGAAACCUACUCCAGAAUGCACUAAGAGCAGUCUCAUAGCUUACAAAUCCAUUUCAAAACAAUUAGAAAUCCUUUGUAAUUCUUAUCGUAUGACGCCGAUAGAUCAAUCUCUUCGCUUUAUGAUAUUGGUCAGUGUUGAAGAUAUAUUUAAAAAACUUCUUCCUCGUAGUCAAUUGACUCCGUUCGGAUCAUUCGUUAACGGGUUUGGUCAACACGGUGGCGAUUUAGAUAUAACAAUGAACGUAGAUAUUGGCGGUGAUUUGUGGAAAGGUCACGGAUUUUGUUAUAUGACAAAGAUUGUUGGAGAUGACGAAGAAAGAAUAUUUCAAAAGAGUGCUUUAAACGCUUUAGGUGGCAUUUUACAAAAUUUCGCUCCACAAUUUCAUAAGAUUCGAAAAAUAAUUCAUGCAAGAGUUCCAAUAGUUAAAUUUGUUCAUAGUAUGACUAAUAUCGAAUGCGAUCUUUGUAUAGACAAUAAUUCAGCUUUAGAAAUGUCAGAGUUAUUAUAUAAUGUAUCUUCGUACGAUAUUAAAAUUCAUCAGCUAGUCUUUCUUGUAAGGCAUUGGGCAAAAAGCAAUGAAUUAACAAAAUCCAAUCCUGGUCCAUGGAUGUCGAAUUUUAUGUUGACAUUAUUGGUUUUAUUCUAUUUGCAAAAGCAACAUAACCUUCCUGCACUGCAAGAAUUCAAUAACAAAAGCCGGUUAAAGCCUUCCGCUAUUAAAAGGAUUUCCUUAGUUUUAAAAUCUUCUGAAAAUGAAAUAGAAGAAUGGGAUGCUGCUUUACAUAUUGAAAAUCCUAUUGAAACUGAAUUGAACGUUUGUAAGAAUGUAUCGCAAGAUGAAUUAGAUAGAUUUAAGGAUAUUUGUAAUUGCUCAUUUAAAACUUUAAAACUAGAUAAUCAACCUGACAGGAUGAUGGAAAUCCUUUUUCCGCAAAGAACAAAUGGCGAUAUGCCCUCAGAUACAGAAGUUGAAAGUAUUCACAUGUCUAAGCUAUUUGGCGAAGAGAAUUGA